CACGCAUCGAUCAAACAUGAUAUAUCGCGACAGGAUCAAUCAAUUGGUAGUUUGAUCGUACGCUCUGUCCUCUGGAGGGGGCCGAAUGUGUCCAUCGCGAGAACGUCGACUUCGUCAAUUCGUUCGUUUCACCAGACAAGAUGACAGUUGCCUGAGGAGGUCGUUCCUUCGAACAGUUCUAGUGUAUCAUGUUCUAAAUACCACGUUACACGUCGUCGAGUAUCGUUAGUUCGAGUAAACCGAAGAGACACAGACGUUCCGUGAGAAUGACCGCUUACACAAGUUUCCAACAGUACGAUCUGUUAGACUCCGAGGGUUACGGGUCGGCGAGUAGCCCAGAGUCGAAUCCUCGUAGCUGGAUUCAUCAGGAGAUCUAUCCUCAACCGCCGAGAUCAAGGGGUAGCAGCUGUGGUAGCGUGAGCUCGUUGGAUUGUCAAAAUCGCGAGUAUCAAGAGAUCGGUGCAGCGAAUGGCAGCUUUCACGUGACCGCGACUGGCUUCAACUUCACCGAGUUCUACGAGGGUUACUACCAGGAAGGUUGCCGAAACGAGCACCAAAUCGGCCAUUCGAAUAACAUGAGGACGGCGAAGGAGCCGCCGGCCAGGCCGGCGUUCAGAAUGAACGAGUGCGCGGAGAACGUUUACGACGGUGUAUCGAACCGGGCCGAAUUCACCGGUGAGAAUGCUACGGCCAAACAAAGCGCCGACACCCCGCCAAAAAUGGAGCACCACACGAGCAAUAUCUUUAGCAACGGCAGGUGCGAGUUCGGCCAGAAUCAGGAGAGUUUCUUCGCCGCGAAGAGUUAUGGUAUCCCGAAAGGUGAUGGUUUUUUGCCUAGAAAUAACGGCAAUCCUUAUGGGCAGAGGGGCGACAUUCUUUAUUUGGGUGCCACGUACAGCGUGCAGAGAAACGAAAACUACGUUCAGAGCCAGCAAGGCGGCAAAUGCGAGCCGUCCAGGUACCACCAAAAAAACGACGCUCUCCACGUCUCGCCGAUGGAGUACCCCGGCCAAAAGGCGAAGGAGAGCAUGCAGAAGAUCAAAAACGGCACGCCGGGUAUCGAGGUGUUGAGAAAGAGACGGCUAGCGGCGAACGCGCGCGAAAGAAGAAGGAUGAACAGUUUGAACGAUGCUUUCGAUAGGCUACGGGACGUCGUGCCUAGCCUCGGCAAUGACAGAAAGCUCAGCAAAUUCGAGACUUUACAAAUGGCGCAAACGUAUAUCGCGGCGUUGUACGAGCUGUUGCAAAGGGAGUGAAAACUCUUGCGACGAAAAGCUCCAGAUAGCCUUCGAAGGACCUACUUUCUUUGAAAGAAGGAAGAGAACGACGAGAGGCAAAGGCGAGGAGCGUCCCUAUCCGGUGAAGAGAAGAAUCGAGCGCGUAAAAAGGCUCGAAGCUAAAGUACUGCAUCAAUUUCGAGCAAAUUCGUUGACGGAGGGACGCGGAUGGCCAAAACAGGCGUCUCAAACUCUCCGGUUCUUGCAACCGGAGCAUGGUUUUUCGCAUCACCGUGAAAUCUUUCGUCACCUGCGAGAACGAGGGGAACUGUAGCUACGUAGUCGCUCAUCGACGACGACAGAAAUGGUCUUGAAACGAUGUUCGAGCGAACGUCCAGCUGGAAGAACGCCAGGACGAAUGGGAUCGAGCUGAAUAUCGUGGAAGCUUCGUUGCACGGUCCACGAUGUCAAUCGGCGCGUAAAGGUAAAAAUGGUACGUAACAAAAAUCACGAAGCGUCGUUAUCAGCGCAGAUAUUAACGAUUACAGACUAAACCACGGAAUCGUCGUGUUUCCCAACUUUCUCGUAGAACGUGGUCGAGCCGCAUUUCUCGGCGAGGAGAAUUUUAGUUUCGAUCCCGGCGGAUAGUUUAAUUAGCAAUAAUUGCCGCGUGCAGACGCGGUACACGAUGCUACUCGUUAAUGCUUUUUCCUCGUUCGGCCUUGUUGCCGGAUUCCGCGAUAUUUUUCGCUUGAUCGAACCGCGAUAACAUCGUUGAUACGCGAAACGCAACGAGUUUGAUGAACUUGCUAACCCUAGGGGAUGAGAUCUAAGGGGAGGCAGAAUAGAAGACGAGAUUAUUUAAGCGUAUUACGAGACAGGUCGACGCGGAAUACACCUCGUUCGCUUUGCUUAGGGUUUAAGGAUGAUUUGCAUUAUCCAUACGGACAUCGGUACAAAUUUCGUUAUGGUAUUGUAUAAUUCUUUAUACAGCGUGUUACGUUCCACCAUAAAUAUUUUUCUAUUUAUGAGAAUGAGAUUUUCUCCGUUCGAUAAUUAAAAAUAAAUACAAACUAGCAUGGAACGACGUGCACUGGUACGAUACGGAGAAAUAUUCUUACGUCGAUACUGUCAGAUACCAUAAUGAUGAAUCACUACCGUAAACGUUAUUCGACUAUUGUCCGAACGAUUAUUUUCCUCGCCGAAUGCGUAAUGUAAACCGAUCUUUAGACAAACAGCGGAAACGAGCUUCGCCUG